AUGCUUAAUUUUACUGAUGUGACAGAAUUUGUUCUUUUAGGGUUGACUAGUCGCCCUGAACUGCAACUCCUUUUCUUUGUAGUUUUUUUGCUGGUCUACCUUAUCACCUUGCUUGGGAAUAUUGGCAUGAUCGUAUUAAUCUGGAUUAGUCCUCAGCUCAACAGUCCCAUGUACUUUUUCCUCGGUCACCUCUCUUUUGCAGAUGUGUGGUUUUCCUCUAAUGUGACCCCUAAGAUGUUGGAGAAUUUGGUUUCUCAGAUCAAAACCAUCUCUUAUGCCGGAUGUAUAGUGCAGUGCUUUUUCUUCAUCGCUUUUGUGCAUGUCGAAGUCUUUAUCUUGGCUGUCAUGGCCUUUGAUCGCUACAUGGCGAUCAGCAGCCCUCUGCUGUAUGGCAGCAGAAUGUCAAGAACUGUGUGUAUUCGGCUGAUUUCUUUCCCUUACGUCUAUGGCUUCUUUAUCAGUUUGAUCUCAACACUGUGGACCCAUGGCUUGUACUUCUGUGGAAACAUUGAGAUCAACCAUUUCUACUGUGCAGACCCAGCGCUCAUCAAAAUGGCCUGCGCUGGGACCGCCAUUAAAGAAUACACCAUGCGCACGUUAGCAGGCCUCAACUUCUCCUACUCCUUAUUGGUCAUUAUUGUCUCCUAUAUAUUCAUCCUCAUUGCCAUCCUCAGGAUGCGGUCUGCAGAAGGAAGAAAGAAAGCCUUUUCCACGUGUGGGUCUCACCUGACAGCCGUCACCAUAUUCUACGGGACGCUCUUCUUCAUGUACCUCAGGAGCCCAAGUGAGGAGUCUGUGGAGCAGGGCAAGAUGGUGGCUGUGUUUUACACCACGGUGAUUCCCAUGUUGAACCCCAUGAUCUACAGCCUGAGGAACAAGGACGUGAAGGAAGCCAUGCACAAAGCCGUCAGCAGAAUAUUUAUAACUAAAUAA